AUGCGUGCUUCCAGCCGAAAGAAGGCGCACAUCGCGCAAGCAAAGUGUGCGAUCCCGUACAAUGCAACAAACAUGACCGUCGCUCGCGAACAUUUACAGAUGAGACCACCAACGAAAACAGAAAGAUUCCCGCCCUGUGCACGUAUGAGCGAGAUAGGUAUAGACAGCGUCCAGGGACUACUCGCCAAUUCAUCCAUGCAGCCGGAGCCGCUAGCAGCGCGGUUGCAUCAGACCGAUCAGUUGUGGUUCGUGAAAUGGUCUACCGUACAGGAGGUCAACAUGAAUCAACAGCGGGGAUGCAUUGACACUUGCCUGGAACCACAGCAGUCCACGCUGUGUGUCCUUUAA